CCCCGCCCCGCCCCCGCCUGGAGCCCCUGGGCGCUGGUCCCGGGGCCGCAGUUCUGGGUGCUCUGCGCAGUCUUUUCUCGGGAAGGAGGGGCCGCUUGUUGAACGUUGACCUCUUCCUAUGAGAGUGUGGGAAACCAAAGAGAGAAAAAGGACUGGCCCCAGGGUCACAGGUUAAUGACCCUCUUGGCCCGAGCACUUUCCCCCAAAACAACUGUGGGGAACACAAGGGCACCCCUUUCUAUCAACAAAUGGAGAGCUGUCUCAGGGAAGAGCUGUUGAUGUAAGGGAGUCUGAAGCGAGAGCAGUGUGAAGGAAGGAAGGGGCUGCGGGGUGAAUACACACACACCGCACCAUGCACAGUUCCCUGUGGCGCCAGGACGGGCUCCAGCACUGUCUCUGCAGAAGGUCUGCCCUGGAGCUCUGCUGUCCCCGCAGCUCUGGAUGAGCGCUCCGACCCAGUCCUCAUCCUGUUUCUCUCUCCCAGAGCCCAACUGUUGUCACUUCAUGCUCUGCCAAGGAGGAGGGGACUGCAGUGACAGCGGGAGUAGCUGAGUGGGAGGCAGGGCCGGGACUCAGGUAUGGAGAGGGAGGUGCAGAGGCCAGGUGCCAGUGAGACGCAGAGACAGAGCAGUGGAGCCGGGUGAAGGGUGGUGAGAACCGGGGGCAGAGUGGGAACCAGAAGUAGCAGAAAAGGGCAGAAGGCAGGGGUACCUGUGGGUGGCGGGCCUCUCAGCCAUGUUGGGAGCAAACCGACCCGGGCUACCAAGUCUCCUACACAGCCUGGGCGUGCCCUUGGCCCUGGUGCUUCUAGCUGUGAGGGUUGGGUGGGCCCAGGAGGGAUCAGAGCCUGUCCUGCUGGAGGGCGAAUGCCUGGUGGUCUGUGAGCCUGGCCGAGCUGCUGCAGGGGGCCCGGGGGGCGCAGCUCUGGGAGAAGCACCCCCAGGAAGAGUGGCAUUUGCGGCCGUCCGGAGCCACCACCACGAGCCAGCAGGGGAGACCGGCAACGGCACUGGUGGGGCCAUCUACUUUGACCAGGUCCUGGUGAACGAGGGUGGUGGCUUUGACCGGGCCUCAGGCUCCUUCGUAGCCCCUGUCCGAGGAGUCUACAGCUUCCGGUUCCAUGUGGUGAAGGUGUACAACCGACAGACCGUCCAGGUAAGCCUGAUGUUGAACACAUGGCCUGUCAUCUCAGCCUUUGCCAAUGACCCUGAUGUGACCCGGGAGGCAGCCACCAGCUCUGUGCUGCUUCCCCUGGACCCUGGGGACCGAGUGUCCCUGCGCCUGCGUCGGGGGAAUCUUCUGGGUGGCUGGAAAUACUCGAGCUUCUCUGGCUUCCUCAUCUUCCCACUCUGAGGGCCCAAAGGCCUUUCAAAGCCAGAAGUCCACCCCAACUACUGCUCUACCUACCCUCCCCACCCCCAAGACAGCAUCCCUGGGGCAAGACAGACCUCCGCAGGUUGCCUGUAUCCCACCUUCUUGCAUGAAAUCCUGUGCCAAGCUCAAAAACAAGAGAGAAGAGAGAAGAGAGAAAAGAGAAGAGAGAAGAGAGGAGACGGAGAAAGAAGAGAAG